AGCAGCCACCCGGUGGCGAGGGUGAGCAGGCUGGCGGCAAGGGAGGAACAGCACUGUGGGCCGCUAGAGGGCGCAAACAGCGCGCGCCGUCUCUCCUGCCGACUUUUGACUAGCGGGGAGUUACGGGGGGAGGGCUCCUACUCGUGCUCACCACGGAGGUGAAGAGAGAAAGAGAGAAGGAGAGAGCGAGUGGCGCUACACUUGCAUGGAGUGCCUCGCCCCCCUAGUCCUCCCUCCCCUCCGCCACCCUCAGCAACUUCGCUCGCCGCACCACCACCGGGGGCUUUCAAAGUAUUUCAACUUGCGGAGGAAAGAGGUGUCUCUGUUGUUUUCGGCUCGAAGAAAGGUCUCUAUGGUUACAGCAACAUUCACGGUCAAGUAAUUAAGCGCGAGAUCAAUCAGCGAGGGUUCUGGUUCCUCGGGAGUUUGAAACAUGAAGUGAAGUUGUGACAGUGAUUCGUGCUUGUGAGCUGACUCACACUCUCACCUGUACUUUCUCUCAAGGAUUUCCUGCGGCUUUGUACAGGUUCGAUCAGGCGGGAAAGGACUUGAAUCCCUCCACGUGCAUGAACACAAGCUCAGCGCUUGGGAAGCGGAAGGAAGGAGGAGGCUAGUCGACUCCCAUGAUGCAACAGCACUCACUGUUCACCAAGUUUUGAUCUGCUACACGCCUUCAAUGGCGGGCAUGUCUCUGCCUCGCCAGGCACGUUGUUUUGCCUGACUGAACACCUCCCUGCUUGAUUGGUUGUCGUAGACCUGUACUCCUCGUCCUAUCGAUCGAUGUCGCGCUGAUCAGCCCGAGAUCAAUUAUUAACCCUGGGGGAACACCCGAGCUCUGUUGGACAGAAAACGUCUGAGAAGCCACCCCGCCACGCCUGACCUUUGCCCCCUGCAGCCUUCUGACUGCGACAUGAUGGCGACAGUCCAUACGAGUGAGCAGACGAUGAGCAGGACGGACUGGCAGCUGAAUACAGUAGCUGGCGAGUGAAAUCCUCUCCUUUCAUCAGAUUUGACUGGAAAAAAUAAAACCUGUGGGUGGGUAAAGGAAACAAUGUGAGUUGGGGGGUAGGCAGUCCCAGAACCCCGGAUGAGCGAUGAUAGAUGUGUUCCAGUUGCACGCGCCGUCUUGGGGGUGUCCCUGGUGUUCACCAGACAGUUCUAUGAGGCCUAUGGUGUGUAGUGUUCACUAGACAGGUCUAUGAGGCCUAUCGUGUGUAGUGUUCACUAGACAGGUCUAUGAGGCCCAUGGUGUGCUGUUUAGCAGAGACUGCGGCGAGCUGUAGGUAACACAAUGCUGGACCCCCUGCGUUCCUGCGGCUGUGGAGUGAACCUCCGAGACAGACAGGAAGCUGACCAACACCGGUGGUGUUCGCUGAGGAGACCUGCGUACCACGUGACUCUGCUCCUCGUGCUGACCCUGCUGCUGCUGCAGGUGCCGCACAUCCGCUCAGAAUAUCUCAAUCAAAGCACGGAGAUGCCGCCGGUCUUCCUGGACACGGCCACCAACGUGACAGUCAGCCAGGGAGCCAUGGCCAUCUUGCCGUGCACCGUGCGCCACCUCGGUACCCGACAGGUGGCGUGGAGGCGCGUGGGCGCCAAGGACAGCCACUUCCUGACGGUGGGCGAGUCGACGUGGGUGCGCAACAAGAAGGUGAUGGUGGAGCACCACAAGGAGCCCGGAUACAUUUCGCACUGGGACCUGCUGCUGAUGGACGUGGCGAAGGAGGAUGGCGGCGUAUACGAGUGUCAGAUCACGGACAAGGAGAAGUACGUCCGUCACGUGACCCUAGAAGUCUCGGACGCCGAGUCUGUCAGCACAAGUCCUCCUCAACCAGCCAUUACUGUCAAAGGCAAGCAGUACGUGGAGAUGGGCAACCCCAUCCACCUCGUCUGCAAAGCAACCGGCGGCGCGCAGAUCCCGGAGGACGUGGACUGGUUCAAGGAUGGCAUCCGCAUCGACUCCACGCGCGACAGCAAGAUGGUCAUCACCAAGCUGCGCUCGCUGGAGCAGCAGGCCUUCAUCUCGGAACUCAUCAUCGACCACAGCCGCCUCCGCGACAGCGGCAACUACAUCUGCCGCAGCUCCGAGAUCGCCAUCGACAGUCUCAAGGUUACCGUGCUUGUUGCGAGUAAGGGAAACGUCAAGCGGCAAGAACCGGACGAGACAACUUCGGAACUGGGUGGGUCAUCCUCAGACAGACGACCAUCCAGGGUGCUGUGGUUAGUCCUGAUGUGCUGUGUGGUCUGCGUCCUCACCACCUGAGGGGCCCGGACAUCAGGAGGGGCUCGCCGACCGACUUCUGACGCUUGAAGCGAAACUUCUUCCUGCUGCUGUCCCUCCACCCGGUGCGUCCAGGCGCGUGCGGGGUCAGGACAGCACGUCCCCAGUCUGAAAGACACAAUCUGUAGAGUUCUGUUUUGCCCAACGGCGUAACUUUAGCGGGGGUUUUCCUUGGAAUAUAUUGCUACCUCAGAUGUGUUUUCAGUUGAUAGAUGUGGACAUUCGAAAAGAUCGGUGGUAUAAGUUGACAGUUCACUGUAGUCCCGCAAAGAAGUGCGUGGUGUUCAGAAGCCUCUAGUCUGCGGACAUGAAGACUUGUUUGUGGUGGAACACGUCUGUCGUACCAUGCUGCAGCUUCAUCCGGGUGUCUGUACUCUCAAGGAUAUUGUGAUUUGUGCUGGAUUGUUCACUUCGUAUUGGAGUGUGAUUACAUCACAUUACUUCGAGCUCAAACCUUUUGCGAUAGAGACUCAGACUUUGUGAAAAAGAAAAUUCCAAACAAACUGAUGUGAAACCUUGUCGCUUCAGAUAUCUUCUCCAUGUAGCCAUUAAUCUUUACAAUGGAAUGGAAAUAAUAAAAAAAAGUGAGAUUCCCCACCUCGAUCAUGUGGAAAAGAAUAUAAUCAGUAUGCACUUACAAACAAGUGGUCCUCAUUUAAAGCUGCUUAAAAUGAACAGAAGCUUCGUCCACAAAUUCCAUCGCGAGGGCUUUAAGAGGAAUUACCGAAGAGAAAUUAAUGUAUCGCAAGUUGUUUGAGAAUAGUGAUGGCAUCUUUCUGGUUUACAGAUAAACUGAUAUUGAUGAACUGCUGGUAUGAAACAUUCCUAACUGGUGGCACCCAGACAGAAAGCAGACAGAGGCUACAGAUGGAUGUAUGCUACAAUUCUGGGUUUCUCUGAUUACAUCCACACACAGUUUCGUCUACAAACGGGUUUGAAUAUGCGAGGAACAAACUGAAAAUAUUGUAAGGCGACAGAUCCUAACACGAUUGCCUCUAUACCAGCUUGUCUGCGCAUUGUCAUCGACACCAAGUUCCAGAUCCUUCUAUAGGUGUGCUACUGUGUCCACCCUUCUUUGCCACUCUGUAGUAAUGUGAUGUACGCCUGCUUCCCCAGGUGCAAAGCUGGUUUUAAUAUAACAAAAGCUUCAGGUAGCAGACUGCUUGCCCUCCUCUGAUACAGAGUUGUGGUUGGAUGUUUACACACAGCUUAUACUCGGUGUUCACCGACAUCUGUUGUGAAGUGUACAGACACCUGUGUGUAGAAGUCAGCAGAACUGAGGCUAAAUUCAAUGGACAUCUGUGGCUAGGUGUUAACAUAGUGUUGUGGCUAGAUGUGUGAUCAUUACGGACCUCGUGUAUUUUAUUCAUCAGGUAGACACGGCGUCAGUUGACGUGAUAGAAAUCAUAUAAAACAUUAUUAAUGGUUGUUGUAAUUCUUGCGGUCAUCCUAGCUAGCAGUUCAAGUAUAAUCAUUAAUGAAGUUGUAAGUAAUGAAUUUAUUAUAAUGAGGUACAACUUGUAUUUAGUUCACUGCUCUAUCAGUUGUUUCAGAGACCCAGUCCUCAAAUUGUUUAGAAGCAAGGAUUCCCAGGGUGAGAAGGAUUAUCAUGUUGUUUAUCUGGAUUGAUAGAAAAAUGUUAUUUUGUUGCAGAGAAAUGUUUAAAGUAAAUUGUGUUUUGUUUUACUGUCUCUCCAUCGUCCACUAAGAAAGUCAUUAGUUGAUAUUUCAACAGGAUGUGGUAGCUUCAGUCCACGAGAAACCACAAGACAAAACUGUUUCUUUGGGUAUAUAAAGCA